UAAAAGAAACCCUAGAGAACACUAGCAGCGGCAACUGUGAGUGAGAGAGAAAAAAAAGAGAGAAAAUGAAGUUCAACCCGCGAGUGUCAAGCAGCCGCCGCAAGAGCCGCAAGGCUCACUUCACGGCGCCAUCAAGCGUCCGCCGUGUUCUCAUGAGCGCACCUCUCUCAUCUGACCUCCGAUCCAAAUACAAUGUCCGCUCCAUGCCAGUCAGGAAGGACGAUGAAGUUCAGGUUGUUCGUGGGACCUACAAAGGCCGUGAAGGUAAGGUUACCCAGGUCUACCGUCGCAAGUGGGUGAUUCACAUCGAACGUAUCACUCGUGAGAAAGUUAACGGUUCCACCGUUAACGUCGGUGUUAACCCUUCCAAGGUUGUUAUCACUAAGCUCAGACUCGAUAAGGAUCGUAAGUCGCUUCUUGAUCGUAAGGCUAAGGGACGCGCUGCUGCUGAUAAGGAGAAGGGAACCAAGUUCGCUCCUGAGGAUAUUAUGCAGACCAUUGAUUAGUAUCUCUAUCUCUUGUUUAUGUUUUUAAUUUUGGUAUUAGAAAAAAGAUUAUAUCUUAAUUUCAGAGCUUGUUAUAUUUGACUAUUCAUUUUGGUUUAUUUCAUCCCGUUUUAAUGUUAAUCGAACUUUUUGAUAUAUCUAUUAGCUUUUGAUUACUUCAA